CAAUACAGACUGCUGUGGCUUUCAAAUAAUUGUCGAUUGACAUUCUCUGGUUUAAAAUGCCUCAUUCGAAAUGUGAAGCGUUAGUUUAACUGCUUCAAGUUAUACAAUAUAGACGUAACAUAUGACUGCUGUGUGUUGAGGACUGAAAUUCUAAUAUAACUUCAGGUAAUUUAGCACCGCAACCUGUCGGGAGACACCGUAAACCUUAGUUCCUAUAUAUAUACUAUCAAUACUACUUGUCCUUGUAUACAAAAGGUCAACUUCCGGGUCGAUGUUUUGGUCUACCUGAGAAGACAGCGAUACUCUGAAGAACGAAAAGCGUUGGCUUGUACCUUACAGUAGUACGAGUUUAAAGUAAUCAAAACAACAUACAUCUUCUACCUGCUAUUACAUUGAGAAAGAAAAACCAUCGCACUUGGCUGGGCUUCGUUAUACAUAACAUAACAGCCUGUCUUUAUGAUGGCGGCGGUCACGGCGUCCGCACCACAAGAAACGACGUCUGAGACUUUGGGUCAGGACAUCCAUAAUGUUACAAGCACUAGUACCACCACCACCGAGGAGCCAUUUGCAGAGCCUGUUCCCAACUGGAAGGAGGCUAAAAUAGAAUGGGGAGCAGCCUGGGAAGUUCACAUAUACACACUGGGUGCAUUAUUUGCUCUCAUAGCACUUAUUUCAAUUGUGAACGUGAUAAGACUUUUAUUGAUGCAAAGACUCAAAAGCAAGGCAUUCUUCAUCGCUAUGAACACACUGAUGUUCAUAAUGGGGUUGUUUAGAACUUGUUACUUUUUUGUUGACGCUUACAAUUCCAAUAACUCUUUCCCAGCAGCCCUCGCGUAUUUUUCCAUCAGUGUUACACUCCCUUGUCUCACUUCAGCAUUCAUAUUAUUAUUUGUUAUGCUCACAAAACUUUUGAGCUUCAAACUGGCAUCCCCCAAGAUCGUAAAUGGCCGGGUGAUCAUAACAGUGAUUGUUUUCAAUUUCGUUCUUGCUAUCACAGCUGACUUGGUGACUGGGUAUCACUUCGAGGCCAGAGCCAUUCUAGUGGUUUGCCAAGCCACCUAUGUUUUAAUAGGAAUCGUUACUUCACUUGCAUAUAUUGUCUUGUUUCGGAAACUUUAUAAUAUUACAAUCAGAGACCGGAAGACGGUAAUACGCAUGAGCUUGACGAGCCAAACCCCCCUCGCCAAGCCGGGCAAAAAACGUGACUCUCACAUACCGCAGCCGAAAAAGACGAUGGCGCUGAAAGUGGCGCUUGCGGGAGCAGUAUUGUACUUUUGCAUUGCGUUGAUGAAUUUGUGGGGAAUAGCCAGUGAAUUCGGACUGUAUACGAAUAAGACCCCUCUGCCUUGGCCAUGGUGGGGGUAUCACUUUGCUACACGACUUCUGGAGGUAGCCAUGGGAUUUACUAUACUUCUUGUGGCCUCGCAGCCCUUUAGAAAGAAAAAGCAGGAGUCAAUGAAGUCCCGCAUCAGCGUAGUGUCUGCAGCGUCAUAAGUGAAUCGUUCCUGUUCGCUGGUCAUUUUAGAAUGUUCAAGCAAUUUGGUGUUACUGAACAGAUGUACAUGUAUAUUAAAAAGUUGCAUAUCGGGGUCAGUAUUUUAUGCAAUCCUCCCAGCUGUUUACACCUAUAUAAAUAUAUAAUAUUUGUUUCAUUUGUUAACAUGUGGCAUUUGUUGGUAAUAUGUCGCAGAUAUAUGUAGAAAUAAAAUUGAAAGGCUGCCUUAAUUUAAUGACACGGGAAGAAAAUUUGUGUGCCUCUUAUCUGGUUUAGUUUCCUGCAUGCCGUACAGCUAAAAAAAUCUUCCCGUGAAAAAUUACAAACAAAAAAGAAAGAAUGAAAGUGGUAGCCUGAAUAUGAAAAACUCUCUUGGGGUUUGUUUAAAAAAAUUUGUAAGCCUACGGAAUUUGAUUUGUGUCGAAGUCCAAAGAUACAGUUCCAUGUAAUAGGUUUUUUCUUCACCUUUAUUUCAAAGGGACCUGUUGCAGAAAUGCUGAUCUCACAAUCUUUGGUACAAGGAAGUAACUUAAAUUAACAACAUACUAUCAAUAAAAUUUAUUGAUUUUAAGUAUGCCUGUAUCGUAUUCAUGAUACACACCAGGAACAUACAAGAAUUCUUAUUAAAUGAAGUGGUUGUUUGUGUUUAUAUAAUAAGAAUAGCUUCUGAAGUAACAUUUUGUAGGAUAAUUGAAAAACAUGCAGUACUCAUUUUGAGCCCAUAAAAUCAUAACUAAUUCUUUUAGACUUUAUUUGACGUCAUUGACAUAACAUAUCAAUGAUCAAAAGCGGUGUUUCAAAAAUACGUUUGGUAGACUUGAUGUGGUCAGUUGUAUUUUUUGUUCCAGGAUAUAAAAGACAAAAAGAAGUUGCAAUAAGAGUUUUCUUAUCCGCUAGAUGGCAGCUCAAACAGGAUAACGGCUAGUGGGUGUGGGUGCGGUGUUAUCAAAUUAUUUUCGUCACUCCAAGAAGUGUAUAAUACAUGACAUGCAAGUAUUAAAUGAAAACGAAAAAUGAAGGAGGCUAGAAUGUUUAAAAUUUCCCAUACCAUUUAAUUGAAAAUACUAUGAUUAAGUUCACGUACGGUAAAUUAACAAAAAUAACUUCUUGUCAAUAACAACGGGAACAAUUUCGGUCACUUAAUUUUAUAUGCCCUGCUGUGCACAGUUAUUAUGUAAUAAAACUAAUACGGCGCAACUAAUUAUAAAUUCAAUUAUUUACUCCCGCCCUUUUUA